GGCGCUCUCACUUCCCCCGAGCGGAGCGGCUCGCCCACGCGUUCGGUCGGUGAAUCUUCGCGCGCGUCUCCUCAGCCAUGGCGCUCCUCGUGCGGCUAUUGGCCUUCGCCCUGGCGCUGGCCCUGGGCCCUGCGGGGACCCUAGCGGGCCCCGCCAAGUCACCCUACCAGCUGGUGCUGCAGCACAGCCGGCACCGUGGUCGGCAGCACGGCCCCAAUGUGUGUGCUGUGCAGAAGGUCAUUGGGACCAACAAAAAGUACUUCACCAACUGCAAGCAGUGGUACCAGAGGAAAAUCUGCGGCAAGCCCACAGUCAUCAGCUACGAAUGCUGUCCUGGAUAUGAAAAGGUCCCAGGAGAGAAGGGCUGUCCAGCAGCCCUUCCACUUUCAAACCUUUACGAGACCCUGGGAGUUGUGGGGUCCACCACCACUCAGCUGUACACGGACCGCACAGAGAAGCUACGGCCUGAGAUGGAGGGCCCUGGCAGCUUCACCCUCUUUGCCCCUAGCAAUGAGGCCUGGGCUUCCUUGCCAGCGGAAGUGCUGGACUCCCUGGUGAGCAAUGUCAACAUCGAGUUGCUCAAUGCCCUUCGCUACCAUAUGGUGGACAGACGAGUCCUGACUGACGAGCUGAAGCACGGCAUGGCCCUCACCUCCAUGUACCAGAAUUCCAACAUCCAGAUCCACCACUAUCCCAAUGGGAUUGUAACUGUCAACUGUGCUCGGCUGCUGCAAGCCGACCACCAUGCGACCAAUGGUGUGGUACAUCUCAUCGAUAAGGUCAUCUCCACCAUCACCAACAACAUUCAGCAGAUCAUUGAGAUUGAGGACACCUUUGAGACACUUCGGGCUGCUGUGGCUGCAUCAGGGCUCAACACCCUACUUGAGGGUGAUGGUCAGUUCACACUCUUGGCCCCAACCAAUGAGGCCUUUGAGAAAAUCCCUGCUGAGACUCUGAACCGGAUCCUGGGUGACCCAGAGGCCCUGAGAGAUUUGCUGAACAACCACAUCCUGAAAUCAGCCAUGUGUGCUGAGGCGAUUGUCGCAGGGCUGUCCAUGGAGACACUGGAGGGCACCACUCUGGAGGUGGGCUGUAGUGGGGACAUGCUUACCAUCAAUGGGAAGGCCAUCAUCUCUAACAAGGACAUCUUGGCCACGAAUGGUGUGAUCCACUUCAUCGAUGAGCUGCUCAUCCCAGAUUCAGCCAAGACACUGUUUGAGUUGGCUGCAGAGUCUGAUGUUUCCACAGUCACUGACCUCCUCAGACAAGCUGGCCUCAGCACACAUCUCUCUGGAAAUGAGCGGCUGACCCUCUUGGCUCCCCUGAAUUCUGUGUUCAAAGAUGGAGCCCCUCGCAUUGAUGCCCAAAUGAAGAAUUUGCUUCUAAACCACGUAGUUAAAGGCCAAGUGGCCUCCAAGGAUUUGUACCGGGGACAGACCCUGGACACACUGGGUGGCAAAAAGCUCAGAGUUUUUGUUUAUCGUAAUAGCCUGUGCAUCGAGAAUAGCUGCAUCGCUGCCCAUGACAAGAGGGGACGGUACGGGACCCUGUUCACCAUGGACCGGAUUCUUACCCCACCCAUGGGGACUGUCAUGGAUGUCCUAAAGGGGGACAAUCGCUUUAGCAUGCUGGUAGCUGCCAUCCAGUCUGCUGGGCUGACAGAGACCCUUAAUCGAGAAGGAGUCUACACAGUCUUUGCUCCCACAAAUGAAGCCUUCCAAGCCAUGCCACCAGAAGAACUGAACAAACUCUUGGGAAAUGCCAAGGAACUUGCCAACAUUUUGAAAUACCAUAUUGGUGAUGACAUCCUGGUUAGCGGAGGCAUUGGGGCCCUGGUACGGCUGAAGUCUCUCCAAGGAGACAAGCUAGAAGUUAGCUCGUGUGCUGCAUCCAUACAAGGGACUGAAGGUCUGCAGAGAGCAGGGACUGUUUCACUCAGCAGACUGUCCACAAAAAACAAUGUAGUGAGUGUCAAUAAGGAGCCUGUUGCUGAAACCGACAUCAUGGCCACGAAUGGUGUGGUCUACGCCAUCACCAGUGUUCUGCAGCCCCCAGCCAACAGACCUCAGGAACGAGGAGAUGAGCUGGCAGACUCUGCUCUUGAAAUCUUCAAACAGGCAUCAGUGUUCUCCAAGGCUUCCCAGAGAUCUGUGAGACUAGCCCCUGUCUAUCAGAGGUUAUUAGAGAGAAUGAAGCAUUAGCACCGAGGACCACAGGAGGAAAGCACCUCAGCAGCUUCCUACAGUUUCUGUCAGUUUGCCAAAGAGACUAUUUGAAUGUUUUGAAACAAAUUGUCACACUUCAGUAUAUGUGGGCCGCACCAUAAUGAGACCUGAGCCUCAGGUGGGUGGGAGGAUGGGAGAGAGAGAUGUGCUUUUUAUUUGUUAUUUUUUGUUCUCUGUAAACCUGGUUGUUAACCCACUGCAUGCAGAGAUCUGGAUGUCACUACCUGACAUUCACUUCCAGAAAGGACCUAUCCCAAACCUGGAAUUUCCUGCUUAUGUGAGUGCCUGGAAGAGGGAGCUGCAGCAUUGUGGAGUUAACAGAACAUGAAUCAAGUGAUCCAGCACUCUGGGAAGUCCUGGCAUGGUUUGUAAAGCUCUUGAACAGCUGGAGAAAUGGCACUAUUAUAAGCUAUGAGUUGAACCGUUUCUGUCAACUGUCUUGCAUCUAUGUGUGGCUUGGACACUUCUUUGUGGCCCUGUGUAGGUAGAAAAGAAAGGGUAUAUAGGGCAUGUAGAGCCCAGAUUUCCUGAAUAUGACACAGACAUGGUGUGUUUGUAAUAAUAAAACCAAUGAAAGGUA